UUUCUUUCGAUGAAGUAUGAACAUAUUUGUAAAGUAAUAUGUGAUUUAGUGUUUAUGUGAGACAUUUAUUUUUGUUUGGCUUGGGGUGGGGGCUGCUAAGGAUAGUAAUACAAAUACUGAGCCGUGAAAAAAGUCUUUCUUUUUUUUAAAUAUUUCAGUCACCACAAGAGCUGGUCUAUUUGAAUCAGUCAUUCUACAUUUUACAUAUGAGUGGAAAAUAAAUUUACACCAUGUCUGACGACAUUUUUAGCACAACUUUGGCAUAUACAAAGAGUCCAAAAGCCACCAAAAGAACAACUUUCCAGGAUGAACUAAUAAAAGCAAUUACAGCUCGAUCAGCCAGACAGAGGAGCUCUGAAUACUCGGAUGACUUUGACAGUGAUGAGAUUGUAUCUUUAGGUGAUUUCUCUGAUGCUUCACUAGAUGAGCAGCAUUCCAUUAAGAAAAAAUUGAAUGACUUUCAUAUAUCAGAUGAUGAGGAAAAGAGUUCCCCACGCCUAUCAUUUUUGAAAACUAACAAAUCAAGCAGUGAUAUAAUCAAAGGCGAGCCAGUACCCUUCAUGAAAACUGAUGAGGACACAGAACCUGAUGAUUGUGGAGAUAUUGUUGUAAACUCCUUAUCUGCGCCUCAAGAUAAAGAUCAGGACAUUGGAAGAGAGGCCGAGAGAGUGAAACCGAAAUGCAGAAGUCUUCCAAUCAAAAGCACAUCGUCAGCUAAUUUGUUUGGUUCAGAAAACAACAGCCUGGAUGCAGAUGCCCACUUUAAACCUUCACCUCUGCCAAGGAACAUGUUGAAAAAGAACAGUCCCAGGGAAGAGAAAGAAAUGGUGGGAGAAGAUAAGGAAAGCAUCGUUGGCGAAGAAUUAGACUCUCCUUCUGCAUCUUAUUCUCUCCCAAGACUGAAUGGCUUACUUUUAGAAACCGAGAAAUCAUCGUUCUCUGAAGGUUUGGAUCCCGAGGAGGGUCCGUCAUUAACAAGCCCAUCGUCACUGUCCCUUAGAGACAAUAUUGGAGGUUCUCUUUCACCAGAAUCUGGAAAAAAAACAGUCAUUACAGGUCAGACUGAAGAAUUCACUGAAAAUCUUCAUUCCUUGAAAUCAAAAGAAAAUGAAGAGAAUUCAUUUUUUAUGGACUUGGUUCCUACCGCGUUUGAGAAAGCCAAGCAAAGUCAAGUGAUUGCUGAUUCUCCUGAAGGAGAAACGGGGGAGGCAGUCCUGAGUGCGGAGGACAGCUUCGAAGCAAUUGAAGACAGAAAUAUGAAGAAUAAAAAAUUAACAAAUAAUAGAGCAUCCAGUGCAUCUCCCAGAUUAAUGACCUCUGCAUUUUUAAAGAAAUCCAGUUCUGUAAGGAAAACUUCAUCAGCAACUACCUCUUCUCACUAUUUAGGAACUUUGAAAUUUUUGGACCAAAAACCUUCACAGAAACAAAACAUGGAGCCUAACAAAGCAGAUGACAUAAGGGCAGCUAUUUAUCAGGACUGGUUAGAAAAGAAAAAUGUAUAUUUACAUGAACUGCAUAGAAUUAAAAGGAUUGAAAGUGAAAAUUUAAGGAUACAAGAUGAACAGAAAAGAGCGGCCAAAAGAGAAGAAGCGUUAGCAUCAUUUGAGGCUUGGAAGGCUAUGAAGGAAAAGGGAGCAAAGAAAACGGCUGCAAAAAAGAGACUGGAGGCAAAAAACAAGAAGAACACGGAAGAAGAAAAUGCUGUGCGCAAAGGAGAAGCGCUCCAAGCUUUUGAGAAAUGGAAAGAGAAAAAGAUGGAAUAUCUUAAAGAGAAAAGUAGAAAGGCGAAAGAAUAUGAAAGAGCAAAGAAGCAGAAAGAGGAGGAGAGCGUUGCUGAGAAAAAGAAAGACAAUUUAAUUGCAGUUGAAAAAUGGAAUGAGAGAAAGGAUGUGCUAUUCAAACAAAAGGAAAAAGAGAAAAUAAAUGAGAAAAAGAAGGAAGACCUGAAGAGAGCUGAGAAAAGAGAUAAAGAUAAACAAGCUCUUGAUGAAUAUGAAAGAUGGUUGGAAAAGAAGGAAAAGCAGGAGAGAAUUGAACGAAAACCAAAGAAAUGUCAGUCCAUUCUUGAAAACGAGGCACUUCCGUCAUGGACCCCUACUAGCAGAGCUGGGUCCUCCAAAGUGUUUUAAUAAUUCUCUUCCUCACCUUUUCUAAUAGCAAACUGUUGGCAUGGGCUUAAAAUUCUUUCUUUUGAUUAUUUAAAGCUAUGAUCAUAUAUUUUAAUUCACUGUUUCACUGCCAGACACUUGUGCUGACAAAAGACAAUGAUAGUUUAAGUUUCAUUUGAACGAUAGCUAAACAAGCUACCUGGAAGGGAAGGUCAACAGCAGAUUGCUCUAACAUCUUAAACUGUGUGUCUCCUUCUCGUGUCCUCAUAAUUCCUACAAUUGUAUGAUCCAUAAUCAUUCUAUUAAGCUAUAUAAAAGUUAUUUAACUGUGUAUAAGUAGUACAAAGAAAAUCAUUUUGGUGUUUAAUCAGAGAUGAAUAUACAUCUUAAUAGAUUCAGGUUUUUAAAUGAGUACUCACUAGAGACUAGACGUAAUGUUUUGUUUUUAAAGGACUCAAAGUAGUUGCAUUUGCAUUAGACAAAUUAGGAUUUUGGUCAGCCGAGGCAGCAGUCAGUAAAACUAACCAUAGAGGUAUUUUAUUUAAGAAUUUUUGCUUUGGUUUUGAAAUGAGUGUACUUUAUCUGUUCCAUGCUUCAUGAUAGGCCAUUUAUAAUGAAUCCAUUUCUGAAAAUUGCCAUUAUAAAUUCUUUCUCACUGUUUCUUUAUCUUCUCGGUGAUACAAAAAGAUAGCCAUCUCAUGGUAGCUAUAUGCUUACACAUUUUAUGGACAUUCCAUAAGAGUUCAAGUUUACGGCUACUAUUAGUAUUUUCUAGGAUAAAGCCAAAAAAAUACUAAGGCAAUUAUUGUCCUCUUAACUAACCCAGUCUUAGAGCUUAUAUUUAGAUGGCAAUUGCAUGAGAAAGUCGUUUGCAGGAAACUGUCAGAAGAAACUGUGUUUAUCUCUGCUCCUCCUGUACUAAUUGGUUUCAUACUUGUUUAAGUUUUAGGCAAAUCAGCUAUGUGUUAUGAGUUGAACUACUGCUUGAGCCAAUAAUGCAGUGCAGAGAUUGUGGGUGAGAAUUAAUAGUAAGGAUUUAUUCUGUUAUGUAUAAAGUUUCUAUGAACCGGAACCAAUUCAAAGGCAGUAAAUUUGGUUUUGAGUUAUUAUGUCCUUCUGAUAUAGACUUACAAGUAUCAUUUCUCAUUUUUACAACAUUCAGGAUCAUUGUUGUUGACUCCAUUUGAUAGAUAAAAGCCCCAACGCUCAGAAAAAUAAAAUAAAUUGCCCAAAACUGAAUUGGGAUUAGAACUGAUUAAAUCUAAGUCAGUGUACCUCUGGCAUCAAGAUGCACUUUUUCACAUUCCCCUGUGACCUCUGAAAAUGGUAAAUUCUCUCAAGACCAUUUUAACUCUCAGAGCCUAAGAUCACAUUUGAAGGGACUUCAAAAAGGUUAUGGAUAUUUUUCAUUUCCUCAUAGUUCCUUUUUCCACAAACUCCGUUGAAGCCCUCUUGUAUUAUUAUCCAGAGAUCGUCUAGAUUGUUAUUUAUUUGAGCUGAUGAACCUCAUUUAAUUUAUAUAAUGAAUUCCUAAGAUUUAAAUAAUUAUCCCAAUAUCUUGUAUACAGUUGUCAAAUAUCAGAAAACUCAGCAGGUGGUGUAACAUAAGUUUUGAGAAUACCAUUCAAUACGUUUCAUGCAUUGAGGAUUACCGUCUUGUAUGUUGGUGAACAUAAGAAAGCUCAUGGAUGUCAUUGUAUGAGCAUGUCAAUAGCAUAGAUUUUUGUUUUUGUUCUUUGGUAAGUUCAUAGGUGAAACUAGAAGCCUUUCUUUAUGGUUACUGUUGUAGUUUCUUUGCUGCCAGACCUAGGGGACUACUUCAUGUAUUUGAAAUUAUUACCAGCAGUGUGUAUUAUCGGCAUGAGAUUUGGUCACUUAGCCUCAUUCAUGUGUCUUCCAUAGAGCCAGACUACCUAUGUCUUCUAGAAUAGAAUGUUAGGUAUUUGUUGCAUUGAAUCAGUUGUUCAGAGCUGAAAGAUACUUUCAAAUUACAGGGAAGUAAAAGAAAAAAUAGAAGCAAAGUAUAGCACCUUUGGGGGAUAAGUCAUAAAUGUGUAUCAUAGAUUUUUACAUUAAAUAAUUACUUUAACUUCCUGAUGAUUUUCUGAUCCAUUAUUCCAUUAUCAGAUUUAGUGUGUUACCAUCCAUCUCUUAAGUGGUGAGAAUUAAAUAAAAUUUGUUAAUUAAUGUACAGCAUGUAGCAUAAAAUAAGAACUUAGUAAAGGACUCAUUGUUAUCAGCAACUACUUACUAUCAUGAGCCCGACCCACUUCUCCCUGCUUCAUUGAUGUGAGUAGAUUAACAGGUUUUUUAACAUUGUAGAUUUUUAGCAUAUAAGAAGGAAUCUUUGCCUUCCUAACCAGUCUAGGCUCUAACAUUCAGAAGAGACUGUAGAUUAGGGAUCUGUAUUAGGGAUCUCCUGAAAAUAAAACUCUAAUUUUCAAGGCUAUUUCUAAAGAAGGAUGAAGUGGGAAAGUAAUGUUUGUAAUUAGCCAGCAUUUCAUUUCCCUCAAAUAUAGAUGAGAUUUGUUUUGGUCUUAUUACAUUAAAGAAUACAUUAUAGUCUAUCAGUAGCUACUUAUACUGAAAUUACCUAGUUGAAUGAAAUAGACUCUUUAAGUCUGAGUUUGGGGGGAUGAUGAACACAUGGUAAUAUUGUUCCCUUUCUGAGAUCCAAAGUGGAAAAUUGAACAUAGUAAUAUUUCCUUGAAUAUAUCAAUAUAAAGAACACUAUUUCUCUAAAUAUUUUCCAAGCAUAAAAUAUUAAUGUAGAUAUUUGUUCCUUAUAUUUAUGUUAAUUUAUUAUAAUAAUAUUUAAUUCAAAUUAAGGACACUGAAGACCUAUAAAAUUUCAAGUUAACCAUCAGGUUUUAAAAUUUUUUAUCACUUCAACAAUGCUAAGAAUAUAUGCUAAAGAAAAUGAGAUUAUUUUGCAAAUGUUUUAAAACUUUACUGAAAACAGUUUCAUUAGACAGGAUAUUUGUAGAUACAUUUGAAUGUGAACUUUAAAAAAAUGCACAGAUAGAUGAUAUACAGAAUUUAAAUCGCAACUAAGAAAAUGGUUAUACUUUUUUAAAACCAUAGCAGUUUAAACCGUAAAGAGAGAAUGGUUUGUUAAUGAAAGAAAGUAACUAUUCCUGGCAUAACAAUAACCUAGUUUUUUGUAUUUCCAGCAGACUUUGAAAAGGUUUCUUCAUUUAUGAUUUUAGAUUGUAUUGGAACUACUUGUUGCCAAAGCAGUACCUGAGAGUAGGGUAGGGGGUUAUAAUUCUAUUGGAUUUGUAAGGGGGUUUAAAACUUACCUGGUCUAACCUUUUUUAUUUCCAAGUUGAAGAAGAAAAUGAUUUCCUAAGACUGACUUGCCCAAGCCCACUCGUCUUCACUGUAAGAAAGUUGGUGUUGGAUGCAGGCAUCAUAUUUCACCAUUGUAGUCUGCCCACCCUCCACACUUUCCAUCAUCUGAUAGCUUUCGUUAUUGUAAUCAUAAUUAAUUUAGGUGACUUUUGUACUCUCAUCUGUGCCCUUAUUCCUCCACUUUCUUUUCCACAAUUAUUGAACAAAUCAAAACGAUUAAGGGACCUACACUAUCUUUUAAAAUGUGGCAUAUAUACUAAGUUACUUAAAUUCUGAGUAUGGGUCAGAUACAAUUUAGAAAUGAAAUUUCACAAAGUAGAAACUAUUGCAUGUUAGUGGAAGUAGUUGACGUGAAUAAACCAAUAUCAGAAACUUAGAUUUCCCUGAUUUAAUUUCAAUAACACUAUCUCAAAAGACAUUUAGUCUAUUUGCUUUAUUCUGUACACAGUAAAAAUAUAUACCAAUUUCCCUGCCCCCUCUUUACAAUAGCAGAUACAAUAGCAAUUACAAAAUAAUAAAUAUUAUGUAAUGCUAAACUGGAUUUUCUCUGAGACCAUUUACAUUUCAUUUCAUGUGGUUCUAUUAUUUUGAAGUAUAUAUCACAUGCAAAUGUUUAGUGUUAGCUUGAGAGAACAAAAUUACUGAAAUUGAAUUUAGGAUGCUGUUUCAAGAAUUAUUGAAAAUGUAUUUAAUGUACACUUUUUGUACUAGCAUGUGUUCAUGCAGUGCUUAAUUUAUUAAAAUGAGCCAUUUAAGAUUUA